AUGCCGGACGAUCUAUCAUUCCUCGAUCAACUUGAAGAAUGGCUCGAGAAUCAAGUACCUAAUAAUUUGCAUGAAUUACCUUAUAAGAUGUUGGAAACCGUUGAGAACAUCACCAACGAAUUAUUCGAAACGUUGAAUAUUCACGGUCCACCUUCAAUCUCAAUCCCAUUUCCACCUUUUGGAAAUAAAGAAAUUCCACCUCCAGCCCCACCCCCACCACCACCUCCUCCAUCAGGAUUACCAGUAUUUUGUCAUGGAGCAUAUUUCAAAUCUGAGAAAUAUAUAAGAGAACAUCCUCUAGCUGUAGGAACUGCUCUUUCAGUUGGAUUGGGUUUGACCGGAUUAGCAGUAUAUAAAUAUACCAAUAUCCUCGAUGGGUUCGGCAAACAGUUGAAAUUGAGAAGGAAGUUUGGCGUAAAAGGUAGAAUCGAGGAUGGUAUGCUUAAAGAAGCGAUCGUCAUACUCGCUCCCUCUCCUAUGCCCCCUCUCUUAGUUCCUCUCGCCGCGAGUCUUCUGAGAGCAGGAUACAUCGUACUUGUGUCAGUACCAAAUACGAAAGAUGCGGACCAACUCGAACGAAGAUUAAGUAGCCUAGAAGAGAAAUCAGCAUUGAGAGUACUUAUCUAUGACCCUGAUGAUAUCAACACUUUCCCACCUUUUCAUCGAUCAUUACUUGCCACUUUGACUCUACGAUUCCCUGAGUCUGGCAAAUAUCCAUCUGGAGACCCGUACAACCCUUCACCUGCUCAUCUACCCCAUAUCCAUGCGUACAUCUCUCUAUAUCCACUAAACCCAUCUCCGCCUUCUCAGCCCGGUGGAUUACCUGCUCUUCCCACGUUGCUUUCACCCAACUUGGACGGCACAACACCUAUGUUGAUCAACUUCUAUCCUUCAACUUCGCUUCUGCCUACUCCUAACUCCUUCGCGAGUCAACUCUUGACUUCCAACCACAUUCUUCUAGGCAGAAACCUUUCGGCUUCCUCUGGAGCGAGAAUCGUUUCCAUCUAUGUUGGCGAAAUCGUAUUGCCAACUUUACCAGCCAUUCUAAGUGGAGGGAAAUCACUUACGAGAAGACAGGCUGCCAAAGAACGAUUACUUUCCAAUGCAUCCACAACUGCCAAAGUGUCAAUCAUUAAAGAUUAUCUGUUUGGUUCAGUUUCAGUCUUAUUUGGAAAUAUCAUCGGGACACUUGGAUUAGGUAACAGAGUUAAAUCUUAUGAUAAUUUCGAAAAACGUGUAUUAAGAAUAAUCAAAUCACCUUCUUUCCAACCUCUGGAAGGUUUAAGGGAAGAUAGAUAUUCUAUCGGUGGUAAAUCUUUCUUACCACUCUUCUUGGCAAAGUUGAAUCUGCCACCUUUCUUCUUACCCAAAUUACUGAGUAUUUUACCCACUCUUCCGAUGGCGACUGGACCUACUCAUCCUCCUUUAUCAAGGGGAAUAAACCCUAAAGAUUUCAAUUACAGUGCACACUCGGACAAACCCAAAACUCCUACAUCGGCAAGUACGACUUCAGCUUCAGCAAACAGUAGUGAUCAUGAAGGUGGAGAAGAUUUAAUUUCUUCUAUUCAUACGGGCACCAGCACAACUAAUUCUUCAAGGAGUGGAAGUGGUAAUGGUGAAUUAGAAAGUGAAGGCUUGGAAGGCAGUUGGGUAGGACUGGAUUCUGCGAAUUAG